AUGAAUGAGAUCUGCGCCAUAUUAAAAAAAUACAAUGAAAGUAACACUGAAGGAAUAAUAGAUUUAUUCAAAGAAUACAGUGUUAACCCAAAAGAUAAAACGGAAGUUCACGCUAAACUCAAAGAACUGGACUAUUCUAAACUGAUGGCAUUUGACGCUAAUGGGUUGUACGCUUCAGCCAUGACAGAAGGUGAAUAUCCUAAAGCGGAAAGUGCAAGAGCGUUUCUACCAGAAGAAGAAAAAGAAUUUGUAAAACUCUUCAAUAAACAAAAAUUCAGACCUAGAACUGCUAUUUUAAAAGUUUGGUUUGAAUAUCCCAAAAAAAUGUUCUUUCAACCCAUACCAGCUAAAGAUAAAAUAACUUUUACGAAUAGAAUAGGUCAGAAGGAAACUGGCACUAAAAUCAGGUUCCUGUCACGACGUUUUAACAUCAGUUGA